AUGGCCCUAACCAUGCAGAAAAGCCCUCGCAACCCGGACGACUUCCCCACCACCCAGCUCUUCCUCCUCGCCAUUGUUCGCCUUGCCGAGCCUAUCGCACUCACCUCUAUUUUCCCCUACGCUUGGGCCCUCGUCAAGAGAUUCGAAAUCGGCAACGCUGAAGAUGCCUCAUUCUACGCCGGCCUCCUCAUCUCUUCCUUCUCCCUCGCGGAGGCCCUAAUGGGCAUGUAUUGGGGCAGCCUCUCUGACCGCAUCGGAAGAAAACCUGUGCUUCUCCUGGGAUGCGUCGGUACUAUGUUCAGCAUGGUCAUGGUCGGCUUCGCCUCCAAUAUCUGGAUCGCUCUGGCCGGCAGAGCCAUCGGCGGUCUUCUUAACGGCAACAUCGGCGUCAUCCAGACCAUGGUUGGUGAAUUGGUGACCAAGCCCGAGCAUGAGCCCCGCGCUUUCUCUGUUAUGCCCUUCGUGUGGUCCAUUGGCACAAUCAUCGGUCCCUUUAUUGGUGGUACCUUUUCCGAUCCCCAUGAUGCUUUUCCCAGCAUCUUUCCCGCCGGUGGCAUAUUCUACCGCUACCCUUACCUCCUGCCCAACCUUGUCUGUGCCGGUCUCCUGUUCAUCAGCAUCAUCUUGGGCUACUUCCUCUUGGAGGAGACCCACCCCGAAAUGCAACCUCGCGUGUUCUUACCCGACGACACGUACGCAUCUGAAGAGACUCCCCUGCUGGAGACUUCAGAUGCCAUGAAGAGACCUGCCGUCGACCUACGAGAUGACAACUACGGAACCGUCCGUGGCCGUAGCGCGCAGACCUCCGAGAAGAAAGCCGACCAGUCCUACAACAUCUACACCAAGCCCAUCAUGUCGCUGAUUCUCGCGCUCUGCAUCUUCACCUACCAUUCAAUGACCUACGAUCACCUCUUGCCCAUCUUCUUCGAGGAUGACCGCGCCACUGCCAACCCGAUCACCAUUCUCACCGACGACUCGAGCCCCUUCUACACACCUGGCGGUUUGGGCCUUUCACUACGUGCCGUAGGCAUGAUCAUGGCAGUGAACGGUGUCAUUGCGCUGUUCGUGCAGGCCGUCAUCUUUCCCUUCGCCGCUGAGAAGUUUGGUGUCUACCGACUCUUCAUCAUCGUCACCGUACUCCACCCGAUCGCCUACGUCAUGGUCCCGAGCCUGCUUUUCCUCCCCGAGUCGCUUGUAUACGCUGGCAUCUAUUUCUGCUUGGCUAUCCGCAACAUUUUCUCCAUUAUCUUGUACCCUCUGCUCCUCAUCUUGAUCAAAGAGGCUACGCCCACCCCUAAGGCCUUGGGCAAGGUCAAUGGUCUGGCCGCCAGCGCCGCUGCUGGCUUCCGCAUGGUCGCUCCACCCGUUGCCGGAUGGCUGUACACUUUUGGAAGCAAGGUUGAUUGCACGGCUUUGGCAUGGUAUGGCAGUGCCGUCGUUGCUGUCAUCGGUGCUAUUCAAUGUUUCUCCGUGAAGCGUGAACGCAAGUACGAAGCCAGCGAGGAGGAGGCCCCGCCUUGCCUCCGCAAGAAGGAGUCCCGAGUCACUAUCCGGGAGGCGUUCUCGGACGAUGAGUGA